CGCGCAGCAGGCGGCGUGGACGCUGCAGGGCAGCGGCUCCUUUAAGCCCCCCGGCGCCACCCCCGCCGUCCCGCCCCCAGUGCGGCCAGAGUCUGGCCGGCGGCUGGGUCGGAUCGGCGCGGGUCGUGAUGGAGCUGCACAUCCUAGAGCACCGGGUGCGGGUGCUGAGCCUUGCCCGUCCCGGUCUCUGGCUCUACACCCACCCGCUCAUCAAGCUGCUGUUCCUGCCCCGCCGCAGCCGGUGCAAGUUCUUCAGCCUGACCGAGACCCCCGAGGAUUACACGCUUAUGGUGGACGAAGAGGGCUUCAAAGAGCUGCCCCCAUCUGAAUUCCUACAAGUAGCUGAAGCCACAUGGCUGGUACUGAACGUCUCAUCUCACAGCAACACAGCCACAGCGGUGCAGGCCGCUGGGGUCACCAAGAUCGCCCGCUCGGUCAUCACACCGCUGGCUGAACACCACGUUUCUGUGCUAAUGCUGUCCACUUAUCAGACGGACUUCAUCCUGGUGCGGGAGCAGGACCUGUCCGUGGUGAUCCACACGCUGGCCCAGGAGUUUGACAUUUACCGCGAGGUGGGCGGGGAACCUGUGCCGGUAGCCAGGGAUGAUUCCAGCAACGGCUUUCCCCGUGCCCAGCAUGGGCCCAGCCCCACGGUGCAUCCCAUCCAGAGCCCACAGAACCGCUUCUGUGUCCUCACGCUGGACCCUGAGACGCUGCCAGCCAUCGCCACCACACUCAUCGAUGUCCUCUUCUACUCGCACAGUGCCCCCAAGGAGGCAGCCUCUGGCGGCCCUGAACCCAGCUCCAUCCCCUUUUUUGCCUUCUCCCUCAUUGAGGGUUAUAUCUCCAUCGUCAUGGACGCUGAGACGCAGAAACAGUUCCCCAGUGACCUGCUGCUGACCAGCUCCUCCGGGGAGCUUUGGAGGAUGGUUCGCAUCGGUGGACAGCCCCUGGGCUUUGAUGAAUGCGGGAUCGUUGCCCAGAUUGCAGGUCCCCUGGCUGCGGCUGACAUUUCUGCCUAUUACAUCAGCACCUUCAAUUUUGACCACGCCCUGGUACCUGAGGAUGGUAUCAGCAACGUCAUCGAGGUCCUCCAGCGGAGGCAGGAGGGCCUGGGCUCCUGAGCCCCUGGGGGAACAGGGCAGCCCCUGCCCUCCUCCCUCGCCCCCAGGCUUCCGGGGGUUCUCUAAGCUAUUUCCUUAAGCCCUGGGAUGAGCCCCCGUUCCUGCACCAGGGGGAAGCCCCUCGUGCCCCUCUCUGUAUGCAAGCUGCGGAUAGGCACUGGCUCUCACAUGGACACGUGUGUGUGCACCCACACAUGAAGUGGGCAGGCGCUGCCAUGAACCUGCCCACACCGGGGAACAUGGUGCUCAGGGCUCCCACCUGGAAGCCCCCAACCCAUCAACAUUCCCCACGUGGCCUCGGCGUCUGCACAGUCCCUGCCUGAGGUCUGCGCCGCCCCUUUGUGCAGGGCCCCCCCGGUCUCCGUUCUGCCUCUGGCUGGGUGGCCUUCCCUCUCAUCAGGCAAGUCCUUCUGACAGUGCCGCCCCCUCCAGGGGCUUCUAAGAAAAGUAUUUUUAAAGCUCCCUCUCUCUCCUUUUUUAUUGACUUGUUAAUAAAGGACUUUGUAAAUGA